ACUGAAACGAACGACGGUUCUUUCUUAUAAUUAUAACAAGUACAACUCUCUCUCUCUCCCGGCAAAUCAAAGACAUCAGAAAAAUUCAAUUGGCACGUCCAUGCAUUAAUUCCAAAUUCACUCGUUUUAAAAGACUUGUCUCCAUUUAACGUGCGAACCAUCCCAGAAGUCACUUCCUCACCCUUUGGCCGUUGCCUUGUUCUUGAAGUCUCUACCUUUCACCCUUGACUUUGCUCUCUCUGCUAUUUCCAACCACCCAAAAGCCUUCUUUUUGUUGCUGACUUGUUUCUUCUUCUUGUUCAGCUCUUAAGUAAAAUCCCAAGCUAGAAGGCUAAAACUAGUGUAUAACACAAGGGACUGGUUCAGCUCCCAUGUUUGGAGUUCCCGAAUCUUUGAUUUUCUUUUGCUUUAUGUAAUCUGAAGCUUCUUGUUUCAAUCCCCUGUAUUGAGGUCAACGUACAAGGAGUCCAUGCCUUUUAAUGUUCUCCAACAAGUAUAAAACAAAAAAAAAGGAUCCAAAUCUAUCCAUUAAACUGAGUUUGAAACUGACACUUGGUUGCUAAUCCACUCCCAGAUACAUAUAUAAAAACUAGGCUGUUAAUUUGUCCCUCCAACAUAUAUAUUGUAUCAGUAUAUCUUCUCCCUGUCAGAUUUUUGCUGGCAGCUACUUAUUGACAAUGAACAAUCUCAAGCUAGGAGUAGAGGUUGUGAGUGCUCAUGACCUUGUGCCCAAAGAUGGGCAAGGAUCAUCUAGUACUUAUGUGGAACUCCAUUUUGAUGGCCAGAGAUUUCGGACAACUACUAAAGACAAAGAUUUGAGUCCUUUUUGGAAUGAGAGCUUUUACUUCACCAUCACUGAUCCAAGCAAGUUACCAAGCCUCACUCUUGAAGCCUGUAUCUACCACUACAACAAAGGCAAUUGCUCCAAAGUACUCCUUGGGAAGGUCCGGCUCACUGGAACCUCCUUUGUUCCGUAUUCUGAUGCUGUUCUUUUGCACUACCCUCUGGAAAAGAAAAAUAUUUUUUCGCGCUCCAAAGGAGAGAUUGGUUUGAAGGUUUUUGUCACAGAUGACCCUUCUUUAAGAUCCUCAAACCCUAUUCCUGCUGUGGAAUCCUUUUUCAAUACAGACCAAAAUGAAAAUCUAACACAAGACCAAACACCACCACCGGUAUCAUUUACAGACUCAAUCCUCAACAGCGUCUCUAGAAAGAAAACCGAGACAAGGCACACGUUUCAUAACAUUGCAAAAUCAAGUAGUGAACAAAAACAGCAGUCUAAGCCUGCAGCAGAUGCCAACCCUAGUGUAACAUUUGGGAUUCAUGAGAUGAAAUCAUCACAGGCUCCUCCAAAAGUUGUUCAAGCAUUUGCAGGUCCACAAGAGUUUUCGGUGAAAGAAACAAGCCCUACUCUUGGAGGGGGAAAAGUUGUUGGGGGAAGGGUUAUUCGCGGGAGCAUGCCGGCCACAUCCAGCAGCUAUGACCUUGUUGAAUCAAUGAAGUAUAUUUUUGUAAGAGUUGUAAAAGCGCGCGACCUUCCUUCGAUGGAUAUGACAGGUAGCCUUGACCCCUAUGUGGAGGUAAAGGUUGGAAACUUCAAAGGAACUACCAACCACUUUGAGAAAAACCAAAACCCUGAAUGGAACAAGGUGUUUGCCUUUGCCAAGGACAAUCAGCAAUCAUUUAUUCUUCAAGUUACGGUUAAAGACAAGGACAAGAUAUCAGAUGAUGUUGUUGGAACUGUGACGUUUUCUGAUCUGCAUGAUAUCCCUGAACGUAUUCCACCUGAUAGUCCAUUGGCUCCUCAGUGGUAUAGGAUUGAGAACAAGAAUGGAGAAAAGAGAGGGGAGUUGAUGCUUGCUGUUUGGAGAGGCACACAAGCUGAUGAGGCUUUUCAAGAUGCUUGGCAUUCUGAUGCAGUAGUCUCCCCUGAUGGAAGCACUAUAUCUAACUAUGCUCAGAUUCGAUCGAAAGUUUACAUGUCUCCGAGAUUAUGGUAUGUACGCGUCAAAGUGAUCGAGGCACAGGACUUAGUUUCAUCUGACAAGUCUAAAGUUCCAGACGUCUAUGUUAAGGUACACAUUGGCAACCAGAUUAUAAAGACGAAGCCAUUAAGGGACAUGAACCCGCAGUGGAAUCAUGAGGCGUUGUUUGUCGCCGCUGAACCUUUUGAAGAGCCUUUGGUCUUCACAGUUGAAGAACGCAGUGCCAACAAGGAUGAGACUAUUGGCAAUGUUGUUAUUCCUUUAAACAGAAUUGAAAAGCGUGCUGAUGAUAGGCCUAUCCGUGAUCACUGGUAUCUUCUUGAAAAGUCCAUGUCAUCUGCUAUGGAGGACCAAGCGAAAAAGAAAGAGAAAGAGAAGGAGAAGGACAAGUUCUAUAGCAGAAUCCGUGUCAUUGCCUUUCUUGAUGGUGGAUACCAUGUGCUAGAUGAGUCAACUUAUUACAGUAGUGAUCUAAGGCCAACCACAAGGCAAUUAUGGAAGAAGCCAAUUGGUGUGUUAGAACUUGGCAUUUUGAAUGCUGAUGUAUUGCCAAUUCCAACCAAAAAUAGGGAUGGAAGGGGAACAGCAGAUACAUACUGUGUGGCAAAGUAUGCCCACAAGUGGGUGCGCACUAGAACCAUUGUUAACAAUCUAAACCCAAAGUUCCAUGAACAGUACACUUGGGAAGUUCAUGACACAGCUACAGUUCUCACCUUGGGGGUAUUUGAUAAUGCACAGAUUACUAAUUCUUCAAAUGGUAACAAAGAUUCCAAGAUUGGAAAGGUUCGGAUAAGGAUCUCAACGCUAGAAGCUGGUCGUGUUUACACCCACUCUUAUCCAUUGUUAUCAGUGCAAAACUCUGGCCUCAAGAAGAACGGGGAAGUGCACUUGGCCAUACGGUUCUCAUGCACCUCAAUGGCUAACAUGAUGGCUUUGUAUUUAAAACCCCAUUUGCCAAAGAUGCACUACACAAAGCCCCUUAACAUCAUGGACCAGGAAAGGCUGAGACUUCAGGCUGUGCUCAUUGUUGCAUCUAGACUAGGCAGGGCAGAACCCCCUCUUAGGAAAGAAGUGGUUGAGUACAUGUCUGACUCAGAAUCUCAUUUGUGGAGCAUGCGGCGCAGCAAGGCCAACUUCAACCGUUUGAAGGAGGUGUUUUCCGGGCUACUUGCAUUUGGAACUUGGUUUGGACAAAUUGCAACAUGGAAGAACCCUUUUGUGACAGUGCUGCUGCACAUUCUCUACUUAAUGCUUGUGUGUUUUCCUGAACUUAUUCUACCAACCGUGUUCCUAUACAUGUUUGUAAUAGGGAUGUGGAAAUGGAGGUUCCGCCCGAGAUACCCUCCUCACAUGGAUGCUAGUCUCUCUUGUGCAUAUGUAACCAGCCCUGAGGACUUUGAUGAGGAAAUGGACACUUUUCCAACCACAAAGAGCUUUGAUAUCGUUCGUUGGAGGUAUGAUAGGUUGAGAAGUCUGGCAGGGAAGGUUCAGAGUGUUGUUGGACAGAUAGCAACUCAAGGAGAAAGAAUCCAUGCUCUUAUAAAUUGGAGGGAUCCACGUGCCACUUCGAUAUUCAUGGUGUUUUGCCUUGUGACUGCUAUAGUUUUGUAUGUGACACCACCACAGAUGUUGUUUAUUCUAUCUGGAUUUUACCUAAUGAGGCACCCUAUGCUUCGGGGUAAGACGCCAGGAGCACCGAUCAAUUUCUUCCGCAGGUUGCCUGCUCUCACAGAUAGCAUGCUGUAAAUAUAGACCCUUGUUUUGUGCAAACCAAGUUUUGGUGCUGCCAAUAUUUGAAUCUGGUUUAAGUUUUUUUGGCAGUGCUUGUACAAGUCUUUGUUCCUUGAGUCAUGAUUGUUGAUACAAAAAUGUACACAUUCUGUGGAAAAUUCACAAGUGUAUUUUAUUUAUACUACUGUUUUUUUUAUUCUGUGCCGGCCUUAUAGGAUUUGAUCAGAUGCUUGUAGUGGAAAUAUGCUGGCACUUAUAAAAACUGGAAUACUAUCCUUAUGCACUCACUACUUAUAUGGCAAAUUAACAAAUUAUAUUA